UCUAGUGCGUAAAUGCAGAACUUUGCUAAAGUUUACUCAUGGCAUCUGUUCAGUGUUAGUUAUUUUUCUAAAUAAUGGCUUCACUUGCUAGGGAAAAUGAUGAGGCAGCUGAUCUCAUAUCAGCCGAUCAAGUGGUCAGUCCACAUUCUUGCCUGUCACAUGCUGGAGAUGAAACAGUAGAUCUCUAUGAUGAUAUUCCGACUGAAAUAAUUGGAGUGCACAACAAUCCUGCUGAAAGCCAAACUUCUAAUGAGAAGGCAUCUGCUAAAAGUGUGAACUCCAAACAUUACUCUAAAACAUCAUCAGACAAGAAAUCUACACCUGGUGCAUUUGACCUGCUAGAUGAUUGCAUCAUUGCAAAGCACACAACUGAGCUUGCUGCAGAGAAUGAAUUGCUUAAAAGUGAGAUUCAUGCAAUUCGGGAGCAGUCUAAGGAACUGCAAAAAAACAUGACAUGCUUGUGGAAGACUGCACGCAUGCAGAUCAAGGAAAAAGACAACAAAAUUGUUGCAUUGCAACGAAAAUAUGAAGCUCUGGUAUUCAGACGGGCCAUGAGAAAUACAAGCAAGGAUGAUUUCGACAGAAUUGUGACAAGAAUAUCUGCCUAUGCACCAGCAGAAAUGAAAGAGUUUUUGCAGGAGAUGAAACGAGACGGAUCUGGAUUAUGUAAAAAUUGUGGUGUCCAGACUCCAGAAUGCUGGUGGUGCUGUCGGCGGCGGGGGUCCCGGGGGGUGGUGGUGAAUUCCAGCCUGGUGGUGGUGGCAUGCCAAUUCCAAGUAACUUGUCUCAAGUGCAAGUCCACUCUGCAGUUUGAGGUCAUCAAGUUCCUGCCGUUGAAGCUGAGUCUCUGCUCCAUCUCCUGCCAGUUGAGCAACAGAAACAA